GGAGUUCCCAGCGGGCUGGCCGCCUCCCCGCCCUCCCUCGGCGGCGUGAGUGAGCGUGUUUGGGAGGGAAGGAGGGGGUGGAAGCCGGGCCGGGGCGGCCAGCAGGCAAUUUGCAUGAGAGACAGACUGGGAAUGAGCUGGAGUGGGCGCCUCUCCGCGCACACAGAGCGGGGCAGGAGGGGGAGGAGGGAGCUGCCGCCGCCGCCGGGGAGAGGCGGCGAACUCCGGGCAAAGUUUGGUACCGCGGGCCCGAGGCGCUGAGGCAGCGGCGGGGCGGGCGAACGGAGCGGAGCCAGGCCAGGCCAAACCAGGCCAGCGGGGCCGGGCUUUGUGCUGCCCGCGGCGCGGCGGGGCCUGCGCGGAGCGGAGCGAAGCGGCGCGGAGCGGAGCCGCGGGCGGCGAGAGCGGAGCCAGCAGCAGGGCGCUGCCGGCCCUGCCGGGCGAGCCAGCAUGUCCUCCAUCCUGCCUUUCACUCCUCCCAUCGUCAAGCGGCUCCUGGGCUGGAAGAAAGGGGAGCAGAACGGGCAGGAGGAGAAAUGGUGCGAGAAAGCGGUGAAGAGCCUGGUGAAGAAGCUGAAGAAGACGGGGCAGCUGGACGAGCUGGAGAAAGCGAUCACCACGCAGAACAUCAACACCAAGUGCAUCACCAUCCCCAGAUCAUUAGAUGGCCGACUCCAAGUGUCCCACCGGAAGGGUCUUCCCCAUGUGAUCUACUGCCGGCUGUGGCGGUGGCCAGACCUUCAUAGCCACCAUGAGCUGCGUGCCAUGGAGAUGUGCGAGUAUGCCUUCAACAUGAAGAAGGAUGAAGUCUGUGUGAAUCCUUAUCAUUACCAAAGAGUGGAGACCCCAGUGUUACCUCCAGUGCUGGUGCCUCGGCACACAGAGAUCCCAGCUGAGUUCCCACCAUUAGAUGAUUACAGCCAUUCUAUUCCAGAGAACACUAACUUCCCAGCAGGUAUCGAGCCACAGAGCAACUACAUUCCAGAGACACCUCCUCCAGGCUAUUUAAGUGAGGAUGGAGAGACUAGUGACCACCAGAUGAACCCCAGCAUGGAUGCAGGUUCUCCAAACUUAUCACCAAACCCAAUGUCUCCAGCACACAAUAAUCUGGAUCUGCAGCCCGUCACCUACUGUGAGCCUGCGUUCUGGUGCUCGAUAUCCUACUAUGAACUCAACCAGCGAGUGGGAGAGACUUUCCACGCCUCUCAGCCCUCCAUGACCGUGGAUGGUUUCACUGACCCAUCCAACUCCGAGCGCUUCUGCCUUGGCUUGCUGUCCAACGUGAACAGAAACGCGGCGGUGGAGCUCACCAGACGGCACAUCGGAAGAGGAGUAAGACUCUACUACAUUGGCGGCGAGGUGUUUGCGGAGUGCCUUAGCGACAGCGCCAUUUUUGUCCAGUCUCCCAACUGCAACCAGCGCUACGGCUGGCACCCGGCGACGGUCUGCAAGAUCCCACCAGGAUGCAACUUGAAGAUUUUUAACAACCAGGAGUUUGCUGCUCUCUUGGCUCAGUCUGUCAACCAGGGCUUCGAAGCUGUCUACCAGCUGACCAGAAUGUGCACCAUCCGCAUGAGCUUCGUCAAGGGAUGGGGAGCAGAAUACAGGCGGCAGACUGUGACCAGUACUCCCUGCUGGAUUGAACUGCAUCUUAAUGGUCCUCUGCAGUGGCUGGACAAGGUCCUGACACAGAUGGGCUCCCCCAGUAUUCGUUGUUCCAGCGUCUCCUAAGGAAACAUCUCCUGGGGGGCAGGUGAGGGAGGGUGGGAAUAAAGACUGGGAAACAGAAUUGACUUAACCCUUAGCAAAAUGCAUAGUAAACAAAUUCCCAGUUAUUGAGGUGAUGAGGGAAAAAAAAUCUGCUAAACAAAAGAGGAAAAAGAGAAGAAAGUGGAUUUUCCUGGGUUUGGUUUGGGUUUUUUUAACUGAAUCCCCUUGUAAGCCACUUCCACUGAAACUGUUAGCACUUUGGUUACUCUGCUAUGGGCCACUGCAGUUAAGAGUUUGAAGCUGAUGUUUAUCAUGGUAAGAAACUGGACUUGGUUUCAGCUCAGAGAUGCCAGUGCUCAGCCUCCAGCCGUGUCCCGCCACCAUGAGCAUGGCUCAGAGGACACUUUCCAGCUGACUCAUGCAGAUCCAGGCUCUUUUCCUGCAUCAUCUCUGAAAAGCCAGGUUCUGUGGGACGUUGAGAUGGCUCUUGUGCAUUCCUGUCACCAUCCACCUGAUCCACAGGGGAAGAGGAAGUAUUGAAAUCACAGACAAGAACUGAUUCCCCCAGUAGUGUAUCCUAAAAGGAAUGAAUUUCCCCUGCUGGGCUGCUGACAUGGAGGCAGGGUCUUGCUUCAUGGCUGGGGGACACAGCUGAUACCCUGGUGGUCCCAGACUGGAUUGAUUGGAAGCAAAAGGCCAGAAGGCUCCUCCUGAUGUUGCUGCAGCAACUGUUGACUUGAGCUGCUCCCAGACAGACGUUUGUCCUGCAGGGAGCUGUGGCUGGACACGUUACACCUCCGUGAGCCUGUGGUCUCUUUGCAUUAACCACAGAGAGCUUGGAUUCCAUUUUCUCAGCACAUUGAACAGUUUCUGCCACUCCUGACAUCCUAGGGGUGUAGUGAAUUCGUGUCCUCCUCUGCUCUAGUGGUGGAAGUGAACAGCCCCUCGCUGCCAUUUCACAAGACGCCCUUUAACAGGUCAUCCCACGCUGUCAGAUGUGGCUGCACAUGAACCAGGACAUCUCAGACACAAACCCCUUCUGUUUGAAACUUACUCCAGCUGAUUGAAAUGCUCUGAGAUGUGGUUUUGCCUGGAGAAACUGGGAGAGUGUGUAUUUCCUUGUAUUAUAAAACCUUCCUUUUAAACAUACAUGCUCCAGACUGUUUCAUAUAUAUAUAUAUAUUUUAUUUCUCUGCAGCAACUUUCAUAGCAAACAACUGCCACAACUGGAAAAAGCAAGCAACCAACCCAACCCUUAGCACUUGUUUUUAUGGUUCAGAGUUGCCAAAUAUGUCUCAGAAACUUUGUGAGUGCUCUGCAGUUAUCUGUGUCUUUAUACCUGCAUUGAAUGUCACACGUUUGUGCCAAAACAUUAGGAUAGGGAGGGGAGAAAGUGAGAAUCAGUUUCCUAUGGAAAUCUUUUGUUUUCUUUCCUUUGUUUCAUAUACAAAACAGAGUAGAUGGACUUCGAGUGGCUUGUGUUAAGGCUUUAGUCCUGCAGGUGUGAACAGGAGUGGCCCUGCUGAGCUCAGCGCCAGGGUGAGGUUUGCCACUUCAGAGCACCUUGGUUCCGUCGCAGGGUGCUGACUUGUGACAGCACUUCAGGCAGUUCCCAGGAGUCGCCAUGGACCUGCCCAGCUGCAGAGAGAGGCUGUUCCAUGUGCUGGUUCCUUUCAGACUCUGUUUAUCAAUGCUACCACCUGGUUUGCACCACCUGUUUUACACCUGAGGCAUCAAGAAGACAGGGCGCAGGAAUGGAGGAUCGCAGAGACUUGCUGCUGGCCUUUGUUAGAGCAGGCAAACAAAGGGCUGCUUCAGGGAGUUCUCUUCCACAAACGAGAAAGGACAUUCUGUGCAUGAAGGAAGGCUUUCAGUGGUGGAUGUGCUCCUGGAUGAUGCAGGCACCUGGGAAUAUCCCCUCCCAGAAUUUGGACUGGAGCUCUUGCUGUGCAGCACGCCUCAUAUCCUAGUGCUGGAGGGUUCCUGGGAUUUUUAGUGGGUUUUAGAGUUUGGUCAGAUCUCUGCCUGCACAGAUGCAAUGACAGCAGCUGUACAAAGCAGCAUUUUGUAGCCAGUUCAAGAGCAGGGCUUCUGUUGUGGGUUGAUUUGGCAGGAACUUUCAGGUACAGGUUCCUAACAGCUGCGAACAGCUUUCUCCUGACCUUUGUGGAAGUGUUUGCCUCGCUGCUUUGGUGAGGGGGGGGGGGGAAAUGGCCCCAGGUUCCCCCCCCCCUCAGGUGUCUUUUAAGUCGUAAUUGAUUCUUUUAAUGAACAAGUGGGUUUGGUUGUCCACCUAAUCAUGGAGGAAGGAAAUUUGACUCUGCUGCCUUGUGCCUUAGUAAAUGACAUCUUCAGUCCCAGUGCCAGGGUGCCGAUUCUGCAUGAUGCUGUUUGCGUGGAAUCAGGAAUAAACCUCAGCUUUACUAGGAAGUUUGCAACUAGAAUCACCUUCUUGGCCAAGCUAAGAGUUGGGCCUGGAUUUCUAUUAGGAACCAGAUGGGUAUCUUCUGCUUGGUGCAGGGUAAUUAAUUGCUACCUGGGUGCCUUUUGAAAAGCAGGAUUCAGAUGAUGCAUAAAAACUUCAGUUCAUCUCCCCUCAUCAUCCCUUAAGUAAAAUAGUUCAGAUGGAAAAUAUGAGCAGUGCAGUUAGAUAAAACUGAGGAGAUUAUCUCCACUAAAGUAUUAAUUUCCUCUGCUGCCCUUUGUUUGCCUUCUCACUAAUUCAUAGAAGCUUUGUGGUUUCUCAAGUUACCUGAUAGAGCCAGAUGGGAAAUCCUGAACCUUGCAGCAAAUGACAAGAUAAAGGCUGGGGAAGGGCUGUGAUCCCAGGGAGGUGGUGGCUGACUUUCCUUUCCUGCUGCACAACUGCAGUGGCUGUGCAGAUGGAAGCUCAUUUCCUGUCAGCUCUGAAACCUGCCAGGUCACACCACUGGUGUGGACACUAAGGAAAGGGACAAGGUGGCCUGAAGCUGGAGGUGGCUGUAAGCAGGGAUGGCCCCAGAGCUGCAGCUGCCUGCUGCUGGGGUUGAGUUUUGCCUGGAAGUUUCUGAAGUAGCUUUGAUAUGUAGCACAGCUGUAUGCAGUCAGCCUAGCUUAGGUUACACACCCAUCCUGGAAAAUCUUCUCCUGGAAGGGAAGUCUUGGCUACUUUUCCCAGGAUUCCAGACCUUUCUGUUACUAGAAGGGAGUCACCGGCAGGAACUUUGCCUCUUUUUAACUAGUGUAGCCAUACACAAAGGCCUGGCUGCUGGCAGAUGAUACUGAUGGCCUUGUGAGUUGAAAUGACUGUGGUGAUUUUGUUAGUUUGGGUUUUUCAUUAUUAUUCUUAAUGUACUGAACUGAAUUGCAGUUUGUAUUCCAUGUUAAGCUUGUCUUAGGAGUAACCCAGUGCUGUCCAUCUGAUUGAAUUGCCAGGAACCGGCGUGUGUCUGUGUGCAAAAGAUGGAGACAUUUAAUCCCCCAAAGCCCUGGCUCCCCAUGUAGCCCACAGUGGGGCUGAGGGUAACCUUUGAGUAAAAUGAAUUUGCUGUGCCCUGAAGGAUCAGCAGAGUCUCUGACUUCUGCAGAGGGCUCCUUUGCAGGGUGAAGAACAUUCGGGACUCCAUCUCAAGCACUGGCAACCAUCCCAUGUGCUGCCUGCUAACCGGAAAGGCACAAGGAGCAGGAGGAAUAAAGCUCAGUGAAGGACUUCAGCCCUAUCACACAACAUCUGAGAGCUGUCAGAGUUCUCUACUGGAUAGGUGAGAGGAAUGGAAUUUGGUGACAGAUAAGCUGGAAUGGGGAGUACUUGGUCACUGUGUCGUAGCUGACGGAGAGGCAUGGUUACAGUUGCAGCGUAGGGCUUUAUCUUGUCCAUGCUUUUGUGUUUAUGUCUUUCUUGAAUAUUUGGGUAAAUCAGAAAUUGAAUCUUUAGCAGAAAGGGCAGUUAAGGACUCAGAGGGUUAAAGCUUUCCAAUGUUCCUUUCUGAUGAUUGCAAGAAACGAGGCAGUUACUGAUGUGAGAGCAAGAGACUCGCCUCAGAACUGAGCAGCAAAGCCUGGCCAGUGAAAUAGACCAAGGACUUCUCCAGCAGGAGCCUUCAUCCACGUUGCUGUUUCAUCCUUCAGCAACAAGCCAGGUUCCCACAUGGGCCCUCAAAUUGUGCUCUUCAGAUUCCUGAGGCUUGAGAGAGAGAAGACAUCAGCAACCUUUGGGUUCAUCUCAAUGUUUCCUCCAGUCUGUGGGUACUAAGAGGAGGCUUCUGCACCAGUCUCUGUGCUGCUGAGGUGCACCCAACUCACUCUCCUGAGGUGGCAUCCCACUUCCUUCACUCCAGACUGAGCUGUCCCCUGCAGUAUCUAUGAGCAUGUUUGAGUAGUGUUUAGAUGUUCUUAACCCCAGCCUGUACGUUAGCGGCUGGUGAUGUCGCGCCCUGCUUUAGCCCCUCCAGCAUUACUCACUACUUUGUUACUAAAGGCCUGUACUCUGUAUGCCCUCCUAUUUCAUAUGUGAAACUGUAAGUUCUAUUUUGGACGUUUUAAUAAACUUGGAUUUGAAAA